AAUGAAACUUAUAAUGCUCUCUCUAGAUUUAUUCAGUAUUCCAGUAAACGCACUGCGCUUGGCAGCAUCUCUCUGAUAGCAAUUGAGUGUUUUACACAUAGAAUAUUUUACUAAUCGAGAUACGAAUCGAUAGCACCAAUAAAACCGAAAUAUUUAAGUGAGGUGGACACUUUGCCGUUGUAUCAAGAGGAUGAGUUACACGUUUAGUCAGCAAUAUGAGGAAAAAAUCCGCCCUUGCAUUGAUACGAUCGACAAAUUACGUUCUUUGGGAGUCGAAAAGGAUUUGGCACUGCCUGCCAUCGCCGUGAUUGGGGACCAAAGCUCAGGAAAAAGUUCUGUUCUGGAGGCACUGUCAGGAGUCGCGUUGCCCAGGGGUAGUGGAAUUGUUACACGAUGCCCUCUUGUGCUCAAGAUGAUAAGAACUAAGGAGGAAGAAGGAUGGCAUGGGAAAAUCAGCUACCAGGACUAUGUGGAAGACAUUAAUGACCCAGCAGAUGUUGAGAAAAAGAUUCGUAAAGCCCAAGAUGAGAUGGCUGGUGAAGGGGUUGGUAUAAGUGAAGAACUCAUCAGUCUACAGAUCACCUCUGCAAAUGUUCCUGACCUCACACUUAUUGAUCUCCCUGGUAUCGCACGAGUUGCAGUCAAGGGUCAACCUGAGAAUAUUGGAGAGCAGAUUAAGAGAUUGAUCAGGAAGUUUGUUACCAAGCAAGAAACGAUCAACCUUGUUGUUGUGCCAUGUAAUGUUGACAUUGCGACCACAGAAGCAUUAAGAAUGGCUCAGGAAGAGGAUCCUGAUGGCGAGAGGACUUUAGGCAUCCUAACAAAGCCGGACCUGGUGGAUAAGGGCACUGAAGGGACUGUGGUAGACAUUGUGCACAAUGACAUCAUUCCCCUUACUAAAGGCUACAUGAUUGUCAGGUGCAGGGGACAGAAAGAGAUCAUGGAUCAGGUCACUCUCAAUGAGGCCACAGAGACAGAGAAGGCCUUCUUCAAAGACCAUCCUCAUUUCAGCACACUCUAUGAAGAAGGCUUUGCUACUAUUCCCAAGUUGGCUGAGAAACUAACCAUUGAGUUGGUUCAUCACAUUCAGAAAUCCCUGCCUCGGUUAGAGGAGCAAAUCGAGGCAAAGCUUGAAGAGACGCAGAAGGAUCUGGAGGCAUAUGGCACUGGACCACGAACAGACCCUACAGAGAGACUUAGCUUUCUGAUUGAUAAAGUUACAGCUUUCGCUCAGGAAACUUUCAACCUGACCACUGGGGAGGUGCUUAAAACUGCAUCAGAUCUACUGAUUUUUCCAGAACUCCGCAAAGAAUUUGCGAAAUGGAAGUGCAUCUUGGAUCAUUCAGGAGAUCUCUUCAACAUGAAGCUUCAGAGAGAAGUUGAUAACUAUGAAGCCAAGUAUCGGGGCAGAGAGCUUCCAGGCUUCAUCAAUUACAAGACGUUUGAGGGUCUUGUCAGGGAACAGAUAAAGCAGUUGGAGGAACCUGCAUUAAAGACACUGAAGACCAUAUCAGAUAUGGUUAGAAAGAAGUUUAUCCAGCUGGCCCAGUGUAGUUUCAUUGGAUUCCCCAAUCUUCUCAAAAUAGCAAAGGCUAAGAUUGAGGACAUCAAGCAAGAAAAAGAAUCACUUGCAGAGUCCAUGCUGAGGACCCAAUUCAGGAUGGAGCUCAUUGUUUAUAGUCAAGAUGACACAUACAGCCAGAGCCUACAAGAUGCAAAGGGAAAACUGGAAGAAGGAGAAGAAAUGACACCACUUCGUUGUGCUACUGUGGCAAAGAGCACAGGCAAUCAUGCCACCCUGCGUGAGAUGAGGCUGCACCUUGAGUCCUACUACUCUAUUGCAAGUAAGCGUCUUGCUGACCAUAUCCCAAUGGUGAUCCUCUACCUGCUGCUCCAGGAGUCUGCUGUGGAACUGCAGAGAAACAUGCUGCAAUUGCUGCAAGAGAAAAAUGCUAUAGAUGACCUGCUUAAAGAGGACUAUGACAUUGGCCAAAAGCGGGAUAAAUUAUUGAACCGCCAGAAACGUCUGAUGCAAGCACGGAGCGUCCUGAUUGCCUUUUAGAAUUCAGUUAAUAUCACUUAUUGCAAUAGUUUGAAUGCAACACAAUCAAACAAUGGUAGUGAAGUAACAUGAUGUUUCUCCCUUCCAUCAAGCAUUGUAGCAAACGUGUAAGCAUGCUCUUUUGCCUAGUACAUUUUCUCUCUCGGAGUGACUAUUUUGCACACAGGUGUAAAUAGCACCUUCCACACAGCGCAGCUAUUUGCACCCCAAUAGUCUAGUGGAAAUAUAUACAUUUACAACAAACGCCAUUGUAAGACCAAGGUUUGAUUCCAUCUUUGUCCCACUCUUUUUCUGUUUCCUGUCUCCCCUCUUAAUAUUUUAUUUAAUACUAUUUAUAAUAAUAAAUAAAAAUGAAUAUAAAGGUUAUUUUACUGUAGUAAUAUUAUGGUGACCACAUUUGUUUUGUUUUUUUUUUUGUUUUUUUUUUUUGGAAACUAUGGUUUUAAUGCAGUUAACAAUGCUGUUACUACAGUAAUAUGGUGUUAGAAUAGUAACCAUGUUUAAUUUGGUGGUUUCUGUUAUUUUACCAUAGUCAUAGUAUGGUUACUGUUGGAGCCAUUGAAAGAUAUUAUAUUAUUUAUAUCAUCAGUUAGAAUGAAUUUAAAUUAUAUUUUCUUUGUUUUAUUUUGUUAUUGUUUAGCAGUAGUGCUAGUGACAUGCAUACUGUUGUUGUACGACCCUUGGUGUGCAAAUAGGUUAUUGUGCCUGUAAGGUAUAAAGGAAGUCAAGUCAUACAUGUGGAGGCCGGUAAGGGAAAACAGUUUACCAACUGCACGCUCACCACAUGCUAGAAUGCGGUAAUCUAUUUAUUUGUUUUAUUAGUUUUGAAUCGAUGGUCUGACUGUAUUAUGUUUCCAAAUCAAAAUAAAACUGAAACAAAAGGAUGAAGAGCAAGUUCUGAAUGCAACCCACAAACUUUAGAUAUUGGCCGGAACAGUUACUGUAGAAAAAUUACAGUUAAUUUUUGAAAAGGAAGGUUAAGGUAAGGUUUAGGUGUAGGGGUUGGUGUAUUGUGUCUGUGGGACUGUAAAUAAACACAAUUAACAUGCUGCAGUGAUGCCCAUAUACUGUAAAAUAUCGGCCACUAUUUGCACCGGUGUGCAAAUAGUCAGCCAUGAUUAAUUUAUUCCAUGAGUGAAAGAGUCCAAUAACAGGGCAGUUACUGAAAUUAAGCAAGUACAUUUAACAUGUAAGCCCCCAUGAAGGGACCCUCUCCAUGUAGAAUAAAACAGCUUUUAUAAGGUUACUGAUAUGACUGGAGUUUUAAAGGGUUAGUUCACCCAAAAGUGAAAAUUCUCUCAUCAUUUAUUCACCCUCAUGCCAUCCCAGAUGUGUAUGACUUUCUUUCUUCUG